GUAUAUUAUUAUGUUAUUCUUUCAUGGUUCGAAUUGAUAUGAACCCCACCAGACUUGCAGCUGCCGGCAACUAUUUACUAUUCCACAGUUAUCUCCCUGUACAGAAGCCGUGCAAACAACGUUUUGUGUUAUUUUCUAGUGUAUCUAAGAAAAAUCAGCAUGGUUGAGGAAGUUCAGAAACACUCAGUCCAUACACUUGUGUUUAGAUCAUUGAAAAGAACCCAUGACAUGUUCAUAACAGAUCAAGGAAUUCCACCAGCAAAAGAUGACAAGGGUGAAAUACUGAAAAGAAGAGUAAAGACCAUUGAUGAAUACAAAAUGGUUAAAGAUUUACCAAAAGAGGGUCAAAGGAAACAACAGCAACAAAGUGUUAUCAAACCAUAUGAAACUAAUCAAUGGCAACAGAACCAAGAUACUUUGAUACAAGGUACCCACCCAUACCCAGGUGGACCUGGUGUUCAGUUAACAGAUGGAACAGCAAUGCAAACAGAUCCAAGUUAUAAUGCAAGUGUAGAAAUGGCAUUGUAUGAACAAAAUAGACAAAUAGAUGCACAAUUAGGAUCAAGUGUACAAGAUAUUAGAGGUUCAGAUCAAUCAAAGGCUCUAGUGACAAUAGGUCAACAGCAAGCAUUGGUGCCAAAGAAAGCACAGACGAUGGCUAAACCUGUGUGGCAUCCUCCAUGGAAAUUAUACAGAGUUAUAAGUGGACAUUUAGGUUGGGUUAGAUGUGUAGCAGUAGAACCUGGUAACCAGUGGUUUGCAACAGGAGCUAAUGAUAGAAUGAUUAAGAUAUGGGAUUUGGCCUCAGGAACUUUAAAACUUUCCCUAACUGGUCAUAUCAGUGCUGUUAGAGGUGUUGUAGUUAGUCCACGACAGCCAUAUUUGUUUUCUUGUGGAGAAGAUAAACAAGUGAAAUGCUGGGAUCUGGAAUAUAAUAAGACUAUCAAACAUUACCAUGGCCACUUGAGUGCAGUGUAUGCCAUCGACCUUCACCCUACAAUAGAUGUGUUAGUGACAUGUGGUCGGGAUGGUACAGCCCGAGUUUGGGAUAUGAGAACUAAAGCCUGCAUACACACAUUAACAGGACAUAAUAAUACUGUUGCUGAUAUCAGAUGUCAGGCUGCUGAACCUCAGGUAAUAACAGGAAGUCAUGACUCUACAAUAAGAUUGUGGGAUUUAGCAGCCGGGAAAUCACGUGUCACUCUCACUAAUCAUAAAAAGAGUGUUCGAGCUCUCACACUUCAUCCAAAACAUUACACAUUUGCUUCAGCCUCUGCAGAUAACAUUAAAGAGUGGAAGUUUCCUGAUGGUAACUUUAUUCAGAAUCUCCCAGGACACAAUGCAAUAGUUAAUGCUUUAACAGUCAAUUCCGAUGGAGUUCUAGUGUCUGGAGCUGACAAUGGCUCCAUGCACUUUUGGGAUUGGAAGACAGGCUAUAAUUUCCAGAGAUUGCAAGCAUUAGCACAGCCAGGAUCUAUUGAUUCAGAAGCUGGAAUCUUUGCUUUACAGUAUGACCAUAGUGGAAGUCGUCUUAUCACAGCUGAAGCUGACAAAACGGUCAAAAUAUACAAAGAAGAUGACUCAGCAACUGAAGAAACCCAUCCAAUCAAUUGGCGACCAGAUAUUAUUAAGAAAAAGAAAUAUUAGUUCAUACAUUAAAAUGUAAAAGACAUAAAUAAUGCAGCAGCAGAAUAAAUCAUCAUCAGAAAUGGUUGCGUGACGAAUGAUAAUAUAAACAUUGAAAACAUGGAUAUACUGAUAAGCAAUUUUUUAUUGUUUGAGGAACUAUUGUUUGAAUCUAGAAAGGGUCAGGAUUCAAGACAUAAUUUUAUGAGAAUUAUUCAUAAAAUGUAUUUUUAUAUUUAAGUUUUAACAUUUGUAAACCAUGUUUUUACCACAAUAAAUGUGAAAUAAC